AUGGUUGUAGAAGCUAAGUUUGAAUUAAUUCCAUUCCUUACGAAGCAUCAGAAGUUUAUGGCAAAGGUCGAUUAUCAUCCUGAUGAAAUUGGUGAAAUGAUCGAAACAGCCCGAGUACUGUUCUCAACAGAAGGACCACUAAUUGAAGUUACUAUACCUGUGGUUGUAGUCGGUGACAUACAUGGGCAGUUCGCUGAUCUACAACGAAUUUUUGCGGCGGUUGGCCGACCAGGUCGAACACGUUUUUUAUUUCUUGGUGAUUAUGUCGAUCGUGGACCACAAUCACUGGAGUGCAUCUGUUCGCUUGUUGCUUGGAAAAUAGCUUAUCCAAAAAGAGUUUUUUUACUCCGCGGUAAUCAUGAAUUUGCCUCCAUAAAUCGAGAAUACGGUUUUUACGAUGAAUUAGCUACACGAUUUAGCGUUGGUCAAGCAAUGCGUUUGUGGAAAGACUUCAAUGAUCUUUUUUCAAUUUUACCAUUUGCUGCUUUGAUAAAACAUAAAAUACUUUGCAUGCACGGUGGCCUUAGUCCUCAUCUCGUUUCCCUCGACAGUAUUCGCAAUAUUAAAAUGCCUGUGAUGGAAGUUUUUCCCGAUACCUUGGAGCAGGAUUUAGUUUGGUCUGAUCCAAAAUUAGACAUUAAAGGAUAUGAACCUAAUAAGUUACGCAAUGUAAGCGUAGCAUUUGGUGAAGAUACCGUAUACAAAGCAUGCAAACGUAUGAAUUUAGAUCUGAUCAUACGUGCUCAUCAGGUGAUGGAAAACGGAUAUGGUUUUUUUGCUGGUCGUAAACUAGUAACAAUCUUUUCGGCCCCACUUUAUGCAGAACUCAAUAACAAAGGAGCAGUAUUGCGAAUCAGUGCUGAUAUGGUAAUCAGUUAUGCAAUACUGAAUCCUGUAUCUCAUACAACGGCCGGGAAAGAAUAUUUCAUGCAUAACUUCAAGGAUGAUCAACGAUCGUAUCGUAUGGAUGAUUUAAAUGGUGCAACAACACUACCACAACUCCAGUAA